AUGUCUACAUCAUCCGCAUCCCGGGCGCCAGGGAAGGCACCCGCUGCUACUCACUCACCCCCGCGUCAGGUGGAGACGCAUGCGGCUUAUCGAAAGAGACUCGCGCAGGGCGGGGAGUCGUCCUCCCGACCUACACAUGCACUGCCAGUUAGUCCGAUCAGCGCCCAAACCGAGUCUACUGUGAUAAAGGCUCUUAGGGAUUAUAACCAAAUGUUGAUAGAACAAAACAAGAUCCUAAUGGAACAAAAUAAGUCACUGCUGAAACGAGUUGCUACCUUAGAAGGGCAGGUAGGAUCUCAAAGAGAGCAGAUACAGAGGGUCCAUCAGUUGGAAGAGGCCCCAGGGCAAAUGCCACCCGCACCUGCACCCGAGCCAACCCCAGCCCUAGCACCUCCCGAUCCGGAGGAAGAGUCCGAUGAAGAACCGGAAGAGAUUCCGGAGGAAGAGCCAGGAGAAGAAGAAGAAGAAGAAGAGGAGAAGCCGGAAGAGGCCCCUGAGAGUGACGGAGACGAGGACGAUGGUGAGGACCUCGGAGAUGGGGACGUGGACGACUGA